ACUGUAAACUAAAACGUCAACAAAAUGAGCGGAAGAGGAAAAACCGGAGGCAAAGCCAGGGCAAAGGCAAAGACUAGAUCAUCCCGCGCCGGACUUCAGUUUCCCGUUGGCCGCGUUCACAGACUCCUCCGUAAAGGUAAUUACGCUCAGCGUGUGGGGGCCGGCGCGCCCGUCUAUUUGGCCGCCGUGCUCGAGUACUUGACUGCUGAGAUCCUUGAGUUGGCUGGCAACGCUGCCCGCGACAAUAAGAAGACUCGUAUCAUUCCUCGUCAUCUGCAGCUGGCUGUCCGCAACGACGAAGAGCUGAACAAACUCCUCGGUGGUGUCACCAUCGCUCAGGGCGGUGUGUUGCCCAACAUCCAGGCAGUACUUCUUCCCAAGAAGACCGAGAAAGCCGUCAAGUCCAAAGAAGGAAACAAGCAGCAUGGCCAGGACCAAGCAGACCGCGCGUAAAUCUACCGGUGGCAAAGCCCCGAGGAAGCAGCUCGCCACCAAGGCAGCCCGUAAGAGUGCGCCAGCCACCGGUGGCGUGAAGAAGCCCCAUCGUUACAGGCCGGGCACCGUGGCUCUGAGAGAGAUCCGUCGCUACCAGAAGUCGACUGAGCUGCUGAUCCGCAAGCUCCCCUUCCAGCGUCUGGUCAGAGAAAUCGCCCAGGACUUCAAGACUGACUUGCGGUUCCAGAGUUCCGCUGUGAUGGCUCUGCAGGAGGCCAGCGAAGCCUACCUGGUCGGUCUGUUCGAGGACACCAACUUGUGCGCCAUCCACGCCAAGAGGGUUACCAUCAUGCCCAAGGACAUCCAACUGGCCCGCCGCAUUCGCGGAGAGCGCGCCUAAAUGUAAUUUGACUACAACAUCCCCAAAGGCCCUUUUAAGAGCCACCUCAUUAUCUAUGAAAAGACAAAGUCCUUCCGUUUCCUUGCAUGCUUGUAGUAUGUGAAACAACAUGAUUUAAACGCAUGCUCGAUACCAAGCUUACACAGACCUAGAUAACGACCCAUUUAUUUGAAUCAGGUGUGUUGGAGCAGGGAAACCUCUAAAACAUGCAGGACAGGGUUAAGAACCACUGCCUUACACAACUCUCAUUUGCUUU